AUGUCUCGGCAGUCUGUCUGCAGGAGCUUUGGAGGCGGGAGCAGAAGGGGCUACAGCUCUUGCUCUGCCAUCGGUGGUGGCUUCGGAGGUGGUGGCGGCAGGAGCAGGAGCAGCUACAGCUCGUUCUCUAUGUCCAGGGGAUUUGGAGGUGGUGGACGCUGUGGAGGGUUUAGCAGCAAGAGCCUCCAUAGCAUAGGUGGCAGCGGAAGGAUUUCCAUGGGUGGAUGCUAUGGUGGUGGAUAUGGAGGCAGGAUGGGUGGCUUCGGUGGAGGCUACGGAGGAGGACUAGGAAGCUUUGGUGGAGGAAUGGGUGGAGGAGGAAUGGGUGGCUUUGGAGGAAUGGGUGGUGGUGGAAUGGGCGGCUUUGCUGGAGGAAUGGGUGGUUAUGGUGGAGGAAUGGGUGGUGGAGGAAUGGGUGGUGGAGGAAUGGGUGGCUUUGGUGGCCCAGGCUUUGGCAUGCCAGGCUUUGGUGGCCCCGGUAGAGGUGGCCCUGGAAUCCAGCCAGUGCAGGUUGACUCAACCCUCCUACAGCCGGUCCAUGUUGAGAUUGAUCCCCAGAUCCAGCAAGUCAAAAACCAGGAGAAGGAACAGAUCAAGACUCUUAACAAUCAAUUUGCCUCUUUCAUUGAUAAGGUCCGCUUCCUGGAGCAGCAGAACAAGGUCCUCUCCACCAAGUGGGAGCUCCUCCAGCAGCAAGGGCCUUCGGGGCCAAGGAAGAACCUGGAUGUCAUCUUUGAAAACUACAUCCAGAACUUAAGGAGGCAGCUGGACUCAAUCUUGGCGCAGAGGGGCCAGCUGGAGUCAGAGCUGCAGAACAUGCAGCAAUACGUCGAGGAUUACAAAAACAAGUAUGAGGAAGAGAUCAACAGGCGCACAACUGCUGAGAACGAGUUUGUGGUGCUUAAGAAGGAUGUGGACUCUGCCUACAUGACUAAAGUAGAGUUGGAAGCGAAGGUGGGAGCUCUGACUGAUGAAAUCAACUUCCUGAGGGCCAUCUAUGAGGAGGAACUCUCUCAGAUGCAGACAAUCAGCCGGGACCUGUCUGUGGUGGUGUCCAUGGACAACAACCGCCAUCUGGACCUGGACAGCAUCAUCGAGGAGGUCCGGCGUCAGUAUGAGCAGAUUGCUCAGAGCAGCAGAGCUGAAGCUGAGGCUUGGUACCAGAGCCAGUAUGAACAGCUGCAGAGCACCGCUGGACGGCAUGGGGACAGCCUCCGCAACACCAAGAUAGAGAUCCAGGAGCUGACCAGGAAUAUCCAGAGGCUGCGGGCUGAGAUUGAGAGCGUGAAGAAGCAGAACCAGCAGCUGCAGGCAGCUAUUGCUGAGGCAGAGGAGCGGGGUGAGAUGGCCCUGAAGGAUGCCAGGAUAAAACUGGAGGAGCUGGAAAGUGCCCUGCAGAAAGACAAGGAGGAGCUGGCUCGCUUGCUGAAGGAGUACCAGGAGCUGCUGAACAUCAAGAUUGCGCUGGACGUUGAGAUUGCCAUGUACAGGAAGCUGCUGGAGGGGGAGGAGAACAGGCUGUGCAACGAUGGCAUGUCCAACGUCAAUGUCUCUGUGGUAGGCAGGACCACCAUCUCUGGUGGCAGAGGAGGCAUGGGAGGAGGCUUUGGCGGCGGCAGCGGCAUGGGAGGAGGCUUCGGCGGCGGCAGCGGCAUGGGAGGAGGAUUUGGCGGCGGCAGCGGCAUGAGCGGAGGAAUGGGAGGCAGCUUUGGAGGAGGAAGCAUGGGCGGCAGCUGUGGCAUGGGAGGAGGAAUGCACAGCGGUGGCUUCUCUUCUGGGAGUGGAAGGAUGUGCGGCUCCGGAGGUGGCAACUUCAGCUCCGGUGGGGGAUCGUCCUCCAUACGGAGAUGUGUCACGACCACCUCCGUCAAAUCAUCAGGCGUGAGGUUCUGA